CUCUACUCACUACAAUAUAUUACUAAUCAAAUAAAUGAUUAAAAUGAAGUUAACAUAUUUAAUAUUUGCAAUAUUUUGCUUUGGGCAGACCUUAAUUGUAAAAUCUGAAGUAAAUUUGAUAGAUGGAGCAAAAAUUUACAACCCUGACGCUAAACUUUCACAAAAAGAUGUACAAGCAAUACCUGCCUACAUCGGUUUGAAAUUAAAAACUGCAUUAAGCGAUGCUCAAACGAAGUUUUUUGCAAGUUUUGAAGAACCAAUUAAUGAUUUAGCUGAAUUUAUAUGUGAAUUGGAAGUAUCAUUUGAUAUUUUCAACACAACUAAGACGACGGAUGUGGUUAAAGAUGUCAUAAAAAAAUUUAAAUCUGCUAGUAUCAUAAAUGUAUGCAGUAGCAAGUCAAUUAUAAAAACUAUUACAGAGUUUGCAAAUGAAAAAAUAUGUGAAGAACCAUCUUUACUGGAAAUUGCUUCGAAAGCUUUGGAUCAGCUUGAUGAAUACAUAGAUAAAUUAACAACAUAUCACAAUGGAGCAUUCAACCUCUUUUAUCAUAAACAGUCUGAUGAAAUCACUUUAUUGCAGGCCAUCACGGAACAACAGUUUACAAAUUUUAAGGGUAGUUCAAACGAAAAGCAACAAAUAGCCAAUUCACUUAGUAGUUUGCGAGAUAAUGUCUUGAAUUUUAUAAUUCAAAAGAAAGCAGCAAUUAAAGGAAAUUCUGAUUCUACUAACUAUUACCAAAACAGUUUAAGUCUCAUUGACAACCUCAUCCAGAGUAUUAGCGGAUUUUCAACUAAAGGCGCUUUUCAAGAUAAACGCUUUGUUAAUGACCUUAUUAAGCUUUUAAGUAAAGUCAAAACUUCACUAAUUGAAAUUAGUAAAGCUGCUGAUUUUGUCCAUAAUUCUCUGUCUGACACGUUUGGACAAAUUGUAUUCGAUUUUGGAAAAGAUUUACAAGAUUGUAUUUUAGAUAAAAUUUCAAAUUCGCGAUUCACUAAUUUCAUAGAUUUAACAGAGAAUGCAUUAGGUAUUACGUCUUCCGGUAUACCAAUUACUGAUGAUGUUCAAACAAUUUAUAACAUAAUUAGUAAAAUUAAAUAUUGGGCAGACGAGUUUAAUGAAGUGCGAAGUUUACUGUGCGAUAUAACAGAUUAUGCUGAUAAAAUUCAAAAUGGAAUAUGUUCCGUAUAUAAAGGAGCUAAGAGUUUGUAUAACGAAGGAAAAUCCAAAGUCAUGAACCGAAUUAAUAAAUAUGAACAUUAUUUUAAUUGUUUCUUAGAAAAUCUCAAACCUUAUGAUCAUCUAAAGCCAGCGUAUGAUAAAUUUUCAAAUUCACACGAUGGACUCUUGAGUUAUGCCAAAGAAUCAUUUUCUAGUAUUGUAGAUCAUUCAACUGGUUUUUUGACAGAUGUGUUAAAGGAAUUUAAUCCAGAAUGCGCAAAAGACAUCAAUGUACAAACACCGGUUAAUGUGCUUUUAAAAGAAAUUGAACCAUGUCACAUACAUAUCAGUGACAAAGCUUAUAGUUUGCCUAACUAUUGCGAUGAAAAAAAUCAUGACACGUAUAGGGGCUUUUUUGGGUUUUUUGGUUCGAGUAAAGUGAGGUUCUUUGAAGAUGAUAACCUGACUUAUGUUUACUAUCAUGACGUUAUACCAUUAACUGAUUUGCACUCUGAUUUAUGGAAAGGUGUGGAAAAGUUCAACGAAUGCAUUCAAGACAAAUUUAAAACUGCUGGAAAUAGUUUUUUGAAAAUUUUGAAAGACUGCGCUUAAUAAUCGAAAUUGCUUUUAAUAAGGUCAUCGUCUUCUAUUCCCAAAUUUUUUUUAUUGUUAAUAGAAUGAAUUUAAAAUAAUUUAAUAAAAGGCUAUUACAUAUUCUUCACAAUGAAGUAAGGAUUUUUAUAACGUAGACUAGCUUUAGGGUAAGUGUUAAAUAAAGGAAAAGUGGAGCAAUGGACCACAUAAGUUUUUAUGUAGUAGUAUUUGUUGAGUUUUUCCUUCCUACGAUAUGUUGUAGAUGUACAAGUAUUUCAUUCAAAUAUGUAUAAAAAAUUUAUACAUAUUAGAAGAAGUAACUCAACUUAGUAAUAAUAACAGUACUUCUGGACUCAAUUUAGGGCAGUAUAUAUAACUUAAACUUAUUGCUAUAAUAUAUAAAUAAGAGAUGCGUAUUCGAAGAAAAAAGCGUUUCUUAAUAUUUUUAAACUUGAGUCUCACAAAAUCAUAUGAACUUUUGUGUAUACAAACUUAUUGCUAUAAGAAAUAUCAAGCAACUUUUUAUACCCAGCACUUCGUGAAGU